CGAAUUCUGCUCUGUUGGAGCACGCCGGGAGCGUGUUCGAUCUGCGCAGCCACCACGAUGGACGAUGCCCGCAACCUCGCCGCCGCCGUCCAGGACGAGCUCGACGCUCUAUGUUCAUCGCGCUCGUCAACGGCCACCCGCGGUAACGCUCUCGAUGCACUCGAACGCAUUCUCGCCGAGUCAUGCUUGAAGGGGGACGGGGUCGGAGGCACGCACACGCUCAUGGCGUUGCAGUACACCUUCGAAUGCAACGUCCCCUCGCGACUGCUGACGUACUUGGCCGCGUUUAUCCCCAAGGUGGAGGAAUUGGCCAGCAAAGGUCCUUCCAAGACGGACAGGGAGUUGGACGAGCCGCGGUUGAUCACGCAGAUACGACAGGCGCUGGGUCUCAUUCAGGGUUUCGCUCUCAACCAUGCCAAUACCAAGAAAUGGCUGGGGCGGAAGUACGCCCUCGAGAUCUUCGUCGACCUAUUCGUGGUCUCGCGACACCUGUAUCCAGAUGACCCCUCUCGCAAGGCUUCAAGCGGCUCGAGCAAGGCGCCCUCAACCCCUUCUGCCUCUAGUGAACGCGGAUCAUCAUCAAACCCCAAUGCGCCGUACCUCUCCUCCGUUGUCCUCGAUACACUUCUCUGCAUCCUUGUAGACGCCCCUGGCGCUUUACGAACCUUUGAGGAAUGCUCUGGGGUACAAAGUGUCGUGCGCAUACUCAAGCGGGCUGGCACACCGCGCGAAGUGCGCAUGAAGUGCCUCGAAUUCCUCUACUUCUACCUCCUUGACGAGUCUGGCACGCUCCCCACCCCCAAGGCCGACCUCAUGAACCUACCCUCCAUGCUCUCGACACCUCCGAUCGAGCGACGUCCUUCAAGCGAAAGCAUCUUGUCGGACAGCUCACAUAGGACCUCCGACGAGACAGUGAUGGGCAAAUCCAGACCACCGACUCCUUCCACGCCGCCAUCCAUUCCUUCCGUGCCUGCCACCCCAGCUCGGCGACCGCGCAAACCUUACCUUAACGGGACGCCACAGCACCCUGGGAUGCGCCAGAAUUCCUCCGGCUCCAGCCUCGUAUUCUCAAACGCAUCGCGUUCCACUUCGAAUAGCUCCGCCUCGUCCUUCUCGACUGCAUCCACCAACUCAACUGGUUCUGCUUCGUCUAGUCGUUCAGUCAACUCCACCGCGCCUUCCUCUCCAGAGAAGGGCGCAUUCGACGCGCAACCAAAGCUUCCCGCCCUGCCGAUACCCGUAUCCGCCACCCCACGACGCACAGCUACACCCCGACCCCUCGACACCUCCGCUCUCCCCGUCUUCGGUGCCAUGGAGUCGCACGCCCUCCUCCGCGGCGGCGUCGACUACGUCCCCGUCAGCCCGCGCAAGGCCGACCGCAUCGACAGGUCCGCGCUGGGGCGUGAAGUGCCCCAAACCGACCGCAAGCGCAGCUCGGUCGUCGGCAUGCCGCGGCGCCACGUCCGCGGGGCGGCGAGCGUGUCGUCGGUGCGAGAGAUUACGGGGAGGGACGCGUCCGGCGGGUCGUCGAGGCUGGGGCUGUCGACGGCGUCGCGCGAGUCGUCGUUUAUGGGGAGGGAUGCGUCGAUGCUGGGCAGGGAUACGUCGAUGUUGUCGAGGGAUGCCUCAAUGACGUCCCGCGAUACGUCGAUGAUGUCGCGCGAUGCAUCGGGGAUGUCGCAGGAGUCGUCGCUGGCGGCGUCGCGCCUCUGGGGCACGCCGCGCUCGAACAGCGGGCCGGCAACGCCUGCUGGCAGGUCGGAGUCGAGUUCGACUGCAAGGCAGGAGUCAAGCGCGACCGCGAGGCCGGUGUCGAGCGUGCCGUCUACUCCGGUGCCUACUACGACGGCGUCGCUGAGUGCGCAGAGCGCAGUGAAGACCCGCACGACGGACGAAAAGCGCGAGAUUCUAAGCACGAUGCUGGGUAAUGUGGACGCGCUUGUCGAUGGUGUACGCAAGGCUGGGAUCUGGGGUCUGAGCUAGCCGGGUUCGGAAAUGUUUUCGGCCACUGGUCAGUGAUUAUGUUGAAAGAAGGUGCCCUCCGCCCAGCGUGAGGAAGGACAUGGCAAUCGCGGGAGCAUCUAUAGUCGGGUGCUCCCAACGAAACGGACGAACAAACCCAGUCAUGAUCAGGCAACGCCUGAGCACUCCCGGUGCGCUUUGACGACAGUGCUUCAUGGAGCGCUCUACUGCUAGAGCGCACCCGAAGCGCACUGACGCCAGAGUACCUCCCUAGGGGCUCUUGUCGUUGCUGGAUAUACCCUCGACUGGUUGACGAUUUUGUAUAUGAAUGCUCUGCAGGUUGUCAUGCUGUCGAAAUGCUAUCAUGAUUCUACGCUUUCCUUUAUCCUAUGCAUUCGUUUGGCUUGAGCUUGAUUGGUCUAGUGGUUGGGCUGUGGAGGGGCGUGUCGCUGGGUAGUAUGGCUUGGGAAAU